AUGGCUUUUGUGAAGAAGGAAGAAGAGGAGGAGGAAGCUUGUUAUCCUCAACCAUGUUGCAUAAACGAUGAAAAACAUGCAGGAGUGAUAAAAGUGAAAGAGGAAGUCCAAGAUGAGAAUGAAGUGGAGGAGAAAUAUCAGCCCCAGAGUUUUCAAGAUGCCAUAAAAGAAGAACAAUCAUUGUCUUCUUCCCAAACUGAAGACACUUCCUCACAAAGCAGCGCUCAAAGAACAAAAAGGCCUCAAUGUGGAAACACUCUCGCACGUACAAGAAACCCGACCAAGCAAGUGACAAGUGACAAUCCCUCAGAAAACCACAGUAGAACGGGCCAGUUCACAUGCAACCAAUGUGGGAAGACUUACGUGUAUAAAUCCAAAUAUGAUCAACACAUGCAAAUCCACACUAACAACAUUUUCAGCUGCUCUCUUUGUGAAAAGAGUUUCAUCUAUAAAACUCAGCUGGACAUUCACAUGAGAGUUCACACCAAAGAAGAGCCCUACACGUGCCAUCAGUGUGAUGAGACUUUCAGAUGGAGCAACAGCCUCAAGUAUCAUCUGCUGCGUCAUCAUUCUGAAGUGCUGCAGUAUAAAUGUGAUCAAUGCCCUAAAACAUUUGCUAAAGCGUCAUACCUAAAGACUCACCUCAACACUCAUGCUCAAGAGAAGUAUUGUGAUUGUGCCGCUUGUAAAAAGAGAUUCUUGCAGUCAGGAAAGGCUGGAGCAGUGAAUGCUACAGGAGUUUCACACAAAAAGAAAAACACAUUUACCUGCUCUAAGUGUGGACAGGUUUUUACGUGUAAAAGACGGCUUGAUAAACAUAUGGUGAGUCACGAUAAAGGGACGUGUGCGCAGUGUGGAAGGAUGUUUGCCACCCUUCAAACCCUUAAAAUGCACAUGAGAGUUCACACUGGAGAAAAGCCAUUCACCUGCUCUCAGUGUGGGAAGAAGUUCUCUCAUGAUGGAACCUUUAGGAGGCACAAAUUAAAUUGCCAUCAAGAUGCGCAAGCUGUUUUACCUGAGAAAAAGAUUCCAAAAUCCAAACGCUAAAGGUUAUCAGGGCCCAGUUUUUCAAGAAAUUUAAUUUGGAUCAAAUUGGUCAGGAUUUGGAAGUCCCAUCUUUUGCUAUCCAGGAUUAACUGAUCUAUCUUGCUUUUAUGACAGUUUUUAAAGGAACAUUGGGUUGGCUCACUGUGAUCCAAAUACCAAACAUCAGGAUUACCAAAUCCUGUUUUCCAGAGGCUCAAAUGGAACCAACAGUGUAGCCUACUGGCUUAGCAAAGAACAACAGGUAGGCAAAAUACCAGUGCUCACAAACAGCCAUUGUUUGUUUUAAUGGUAAGAAACGGAAACGCUGCUAUUAACAAACUUUCGACAUUUUUUUAGUUUGUUCUUAUGCAAUACUGCUUUCAUAUUAAUUUGUUGUUUACCAUAUCUUAUUAGAUGUAACUUGCUUCAUAUAGGCUUUAAAUAUGAAGGAAUUCAUAUAUCAUCAGCAACCAAUAAGUUUGUGAGCAUUCACUUAAAAAAUACAACAAUUUGUUUUUUAAAACCAAAUAAAAUUAAAAAUUACAACUGAAUCCACCCUUCUGAUGUAAUCAGGAUAAUCCUGUAUUUUUUUUUUUUUUAUCAAAUAGAUCCCAAUCUGAGUUCAAAGUUGAGUGACCCAAAGGGCAGGUAUGAUCUAAAUUAAAUGUAUGAUUGGAUUACAUGGUCUGAUCUUAAUUCUGAAUCCCUCUGUUAUUUUUGAAAAACCCGUUUCCAAGAUCUACGUCCCACUGGAUUACUUUUGAAAAAAAAAAAACAAAAAAAAAAAA